AUGGGUUCCGUAAAUAAAGAUACCAUCCAUGUUGCUGAAAGAAGUCUUAAUAAAGAAAAUUUAACUGAAGGUGGUAAUCUGGCGUUUCACAAUCAUUUGAAUGAUUUUGCUCACAUAGAGGAUCCUCUAGAAAGAAGAAGAUUGGCUUUGGAGUCCAUCGAUAACGAAGGUUUCGGUUGGCAACAAGUUAAGACCAUCUCUAUUGCUGGUGUUGGUUUCUUGACAGAUUCUUAUGAUAUUUUCGCCAUCAAUUUAGGUAUCUCCAUGAUGUCCUACGUUUACUGGCACGGUGACAUGCCCGCUUCAAGUCAAACCCUAUUGAAGGUUUCUACUUCUGUCGGUACUGUCAUUGGCCAAGUUGGUUUUGGUACUUUAGCUGAUAUUGUUGGUCGUAAGAAAAUUUAUGGUAUGGAACUUAUUGUCAUGAUUUUCUGUACUAUCCUACAAACUACAGUUGCUCAUUCUCCUGCCAUCAACUUCGUUGCCGUUUUAACAUUCUACCGUAUUGUCAUGGGUAUUGGUAUUGGUGGAGACUACCCACUGUCUUCGAUUAUUACUUCCGAAUUUGCCACUACGAAAUGGAGAGGUGCUAUUAUGGGUGCUGUUUUCGCUAACCAGGCCUGGGGUCAGAUUUCUGGUGGUAUCAUCGCGCUUAUCUUGGUUGCUGCUUACAAGAGCGAGCUGAACUACGCUGACACCGGUGCUGAAUGUGAUGCCAGAUGUCAAAAGGCCUGUGAUCAAAUGUGGAGAAUACUUGUUGGAUUAGGUGCUGUCCCCGGGCUGUUGUGUUUGUAUUUUAGAUUGACUAUUCCAGAAUCUCCUAGAUAUCAACUGGAUGUUAACGCUAAAUUGGAACUUGCUGAACUAAGGGAACAAGAGCGCGAAAAGAAGAUACACGACACCAGUGAUGACGACAUGGCAAUUAACGGAUUGGAAAGAGCCCCAACUGCCGUCGAAUCUCUUAAUGCACACCCUCCAAAGGCUUCAUUCAAAGAUUUCUGCAGACAUUUUGGCCAAUGGAAAUAUGGUAAAAUUCUGCUAGGUACUGCUGGUUCUUGGUUUACAUUGGACGUUGCCUUCUACGGUUUGAGUUUAAACAGUGCCGUCAUUUUACAAACCAUCGGUUAUGCCGGUUCCAAAAAUGUUUAUAAGAAAUUAUACGAUUCUGCUGUUGGUAACUUAAUUUUGAUUUGUGCUGGUUCGUUGCCUGGUUACUGGGCAACUGUUUUCACCGUCGAUAUUAUUGGCAGAAAACCAAUUCAGCUCGCUGGUUUCAUAAUCUUGACCAUUUUGUUCUGUGUCAUUGGUUUCGCAUACCACAAGAUUAGUGACCAUGGCCUUUUAGGUCUUUACGUUAUUUGUCAAUUCUUCCAAAACUUCGGUCCAAACACAACCACCUUUAUUGUUCCUGGAGAGUGUUUCCCAACUCGUUACAGAUCUACUGCUCAUGGUAUUUCUGCCGCAUCUGGUAAGAUUGGUGCGAUCAUCGCACAAACCGCUUUGGGUACUCUAAUCGAUCAUAACUGUGCCAGAGACGGUAAGCCAACUAAUUGUUGGUUACCUCAUGUCAUGGAGAUCUUUGCUUUGUUCAUGUUGUUAGGUAUUUUCACAACUUUGUUAAUCCCAGAGACCAAGAGAAAGACUCUAGAAGAAAUCAACGAGCAAUACCACGAUGAAAUCGAUCCUGCUACGCUCAACUACAGAAACAAAAAUAACGACAUCGAGUCCUCCAGCCCAUCUCAACUUCAACAAGAAGUAUAA